AAAUUCGCACAUGCAACACCGAGUCACCACUGAGAGAGAACAGCCGCGCCAGCUGGGCCGAGCGGCGCCUCAUCGCACUAAACGAAGAUCAAUGUGAACCUACAAACCUCCUUUAUAAGUACCUAUACUCUCCUCCUGAGCCUUCCCCGCGCAUUCCAUAAGUCAGAUUAUGCGCAUGGAAGAUCAAAUAUACUGCAGGACGCGUAGGAAUCGGUGCAUGAGGGCGUGGGGCGAUAAAAUUAAGGAGAUAAGUGAGAACCGGGUUGAGCAUCCGUGGCGCAAGAGUGUCUGAGGUCCUGCGCGGAGGCUGCCAGCUCGUUCAUGUAAACAAAACAGGGACACCCGCAGGUCAGUUCUACGCUUUUCUCCCUCCAUUCCGCCCUUUCCCCGGCCCCUACACCAUUGUUCUCCUCCCCGCGUCACAGCCCAAGCCACAUUCGAGCCAAGAGUACGGGAAAAGAGACUAAAGAGGACAUGGAGCCCCUGGAGCUGGUGCCCGGCCGCUACAUCGGGGAAGGACAGCCGUGUUUCGUCAUCGCGGAGAUCGGACAAAACCACCAGGGGGACAUCGACAUCGCCAAGACACUCAUCCGCAGGGCCAAGGAAUGCGGGGCGGACUGCGUCAAGCUCCAGAUGUCUUCGAUCGAAGACAAAUUCAACAAGCAAGCUCUCAAUCGACCUUACGACUCCGAACACUCCUGGGGCGACACCUACGGCGACCACAAGAAGCACCUCGAGUUUAAUUACAACCAGUUCCGGGAGCUGCAGGAGUACGCGAGGGACAUAGACAUGCCCCUCACCGCCUCGGCUAUGGAUAUUCCGUCGGUCCACACUCUCAGCGCCCUCGACGUCCCAUUCAUCAAGGUCGGGUCAGGUGACAUCCACAACCUGCCUCUCCUCCGCACCGCCUCCACUUCCAACAGGCCCCUCGUCAUCUCCACAGGUAUGUCAGAUAUUGGCUGGGUGUCUCAGGUGUACGAGGCCCUCACCGACCCCCCCGCCCCCCUGGUCAUCCUGCAGUGCACCUCCGCCUACCCCACGCCCCCCGACCAAGUGCACCUCCGCGUCCUGGACACCUAUGCGCAGAUGUUCCCGCACGCCCACAUCGGCUACUCCGGGCACGAGCUCGGCAUCUACGUCACCAUUGCGGCUGUCGCCAGGGGAGCAAGGGUGGUGGAGCGUCACUUGACCCUCAACAAAAACUGGAAGGGGAGUGACCACGCGUGUUCCUUGGAGCCCCACGACCUGCGAGAAUUGGUCAACGCCAUUAGAUGCGUUGAGGCAGCCCUGGGAAGCCCUCUCAAGGCAUUCCAGCCCAGCGAGGACGUGUGCCACAGGAAGCUCGGCAAAACACUGGUGGCAGCGCAGCCGAUCAAGGCGGGACAGAAGCUGAUGGAGUGCGAUAUGGUGGCCAAAGUCGCGGAGCCUCGAGGAGUCGCUGCCCACCGUCUUGAAUCCCUCGUCGGCGGCUACUUGAACAGGGACGUGGAGCAGGACGAGAGCAUAAUGGAGGCGGACGUGUUGUGAGAGGGUGGUGCGCGUGUCCUGGUCUUGGUCUUGGUCUUGGGCGUGUACAAAGCGUAAGAAGUUUUCAUGGCCUUGUAACUUUAGUGUGAGUUGAGUUUGAGUUUUGAAAUGUGUGUGUGUGUGUGUGUGUGUGUGUGUGUGUGUGUGUGUGUGUGUGUGUGUGUGUGUUCAAAUUUUGGUUUAUUUAUUUACUAACCUGAAAUUCUUUACAUCACUACUGUGUCUACUACUACUACUACUACUACUACUACUACUGCUACUACUACUACUACUACUACUACUACUACUACUACUACUACUACUACUACUACUACUACUACUACUACUACUACUACUACUACUACUACUGUUACUACUACAAUAAAAAAACACUACCUCUACAGUCGUACCAAGUAUGAGCCGAGUGAGUGUGUUGUGUGCCUGAACAUAAAGUUAUGACAUAGCAUAAUCUUUAUUUUUUGUUUAGCUUCGUCUCGGUAUUGGAGAAGCAUGGCUGGCGUCUCUUAAAGAUGUUACGGUGCAUCAUAAGUUAUUGAGAAUCACAUAGUUUUAACGAGGAAAAUUUUUCCAUAGAAAAUUAUAAAAUUGCAUGCUGCUAAAAAAAAUAAUUUGCUCAUUAAUAAUAUGGGGGUAAAAUGUUUUGAUUGUAAAGUAGAGCUGAAACUGUGAGUCGCAGCAUAAUUCAAAUUAGGUUAAAUUGCAUCAUUCUUGUUUUGUUAAAAAUCGACCAAUGAUAGUUUCGAAGCGCUUUUGACGCAUUAAUAUCGCUAAUGAAUUACUUAAGCUUUGAGGUUCUUGACUGGCAGACCUUCUGGAGGAAAAAUAACAAAAAAAAAAAAUUAAGCCAAAGAAACACAAUGAUUUAUAAUUAAAUGGUUAUCAGUAUGCAAACUUUAAGAACUCUAAUAUCAUUUGUUUUUGUAAUAUUUAAGAAUUGUGGUUAUCUACUACUGGAUCAUAUUACAUCAUCGUGAAUUCAUGGCUUUGAUAUGUAUAUGAAAAUUAUUUAAAUAAAACUUUUCUGAUAUAGGGAAAAGCAUCACGUACAGUAAAAAUUAUAUAUAUAUUUUUUAAAUUCAACACAUUUUUAUCACGUUCACUUUAUUUCAUAGUGGGUGACACGUUUCGUAAGUCAUUGUAUCGGUGUCAUUUCUGCCGUCACUCCUUGCAGUGUUCCCGGUCUGCUCACGGCGCCCCCCAGUGCAGUAUUGAUGAUCCCUGGGUUGUUGUUAUCAUUUCUUCAUCUCAUGUCCCCCGUGUUUAUAUGGCUUUAUCAUGCGAAUUUCAUAAGGUUGUUGAUAUUUAUAAUAACGCGUAGAAUGGAAGUGUAUUUCACUUUUAGAUUGAUAAUCAUCUUAACUUUAUAUCUACUUAUAUUUCCAAAUUUAUAUAUGUAUGAUGGAAAUAUUUUGGAAAGCUAUCAACACGUACAAGUAUUUUCAUAAGUGCUAAGCCAUAAUACAGUUAUACAUGACAUUUGCCAAAAUAUCCAUUUAAUAACAUAGUUGGGAGAUAAAUAAAUAACAUUAUCAUUUACACAAACAUUAGCUGCAUGUACAAUUAUUAUUUGAUUUCAACAGGAACUUAAUAAUAGCAUUUAUUGUUCGUACGGCAACUGUAAUCACGUUUUAAACAUUUUGUGUGUGUAAAUAUGUAAGUUGGACAUGUCUGUAGAUUUACCUCCGCUAUUGUACACUUUGUUUAAACCAACUCGGCAGAUAAGCACCUCCCCCUUCCCGAAGAAGUGAAGAUCAUUACCAAUCCACAAGCAAGUCACGCCACCUCUCCGACUCAGGCUGCCAGUGAUUGGUGGACGGGGCCAAAGGUCACGCCUCCUCUCCAACUCAAGCUGCAUAUUACUGGUGGAUGUUAGGAAAGGCUAAAAGUUAUUGCUGGUUGAUGAGUUGGAAGAGAGGGUCUUAUUUGUGGGGAGGUAUUUUAAACAGAGUAUUCCUGUUAGUGUUUUACGAUGGUGACGGUGGAGACACACGUAUUUAGCCGCUAGGACAGUACGAUGCAUAAGAAUCUGUGCUGCAUAUAGCCUUACCCAGUAUGCUCAAGAGUUGUAUUUGUGAUAUUGUUUCUCUUUCCUUUAGCUUCAUGCAUGGUUACCUACCUAGAAUUACUCGAUGUAUACCGAGGCAGCUGUGAUGUGUUUCUCUCUCUCUCUCUCUCUCUCUCUCUCUCUCUCUCUCUCUCUCUCUCUCUCUCUCUUUUCUCUAUCUCUUUAUCUACCUAUCCAUCCAUCUAUCUAUCUCGAUUGUGUGUGUGUGUGUGUGUGUGUGUGUGUGUGUGCGGGCAUAGGCAUUGGUUACACAUACUGUCUAUAGCGCUUCGGUGUUCAGUGUUUUUAGGUCUUCGUGGUUGUUACGCAAUCGUUUGUUUGGUCCUCGAGAUUGUCUUCGCUUCCUUCCUUUCAGAGUCUUCAGUUUUCACGUCAAACACGAUUUAUCACUGUAAAAGUUUAAAUCACAAAAUACUGUUAAAGUUUAUGCAACGUGUCGUGUUUUUUGCAGCACCUGACCAAUUUUAAUCUUUUGUAGACACACGCACACUUGAUUGGUUGGUUCUCUGUAACACGAUCCUGCAAACUACAAGGAUGCUACGAACAGGGUUUUGUGUCGCUGUGAUAAAGAAGGAAUUUUACUCUAUUUUCUAUGGAAUGAUUCACGUUACAGCCUCAAAUAUGCAUAAAUAUUUAGUUAUAGGAUCUAUAAAAGGUACAGUGAGCGACAAAAGUCGUGUCGUGAAACGUGAAAACCUGAGGCGACAGGAUAAACAUGUAUAUUCCGCAGUCCAUCAAUCACCCUCCAAAAACUUUGAAGAAGAAGAAGAAGAAAAAGAAAAAGAAAAAAGAAGAAGAAAGAGACACGGCCGGUUGAUAGCACUGACUUGAGUUGCCAUCUGGUUCAUAUAUUUGUUAAUUUUGGAGAUGGACCACAUAUUUAGCCUGUCGCCUCAUGUUUUCACAUCUCACGGCACGACUUUUGUCCCUCACUUUACAUGUAUGAGCCCUUAGGAAUCACACAGCCGCAAGCACCAGUUUGGAAAAGCUGCAAAACCCUAUAAAGUUUGGUUAAUCUAUGCGUCCUAAGAGUUAAUGUUGUGUAUUUUACUUUUCAACACUGUUAGCUCAUAAUUAUUGCCACAAGUCACACCUCCACAAGACACAAGAUAUUUGAUAAAACUUAUUGCAAGCACAAUCUUUUCCGGCCCUGAGGGUGGUUGUGGCCUUGUGCUUCUAAGGGACUCGUAUGUGCCAAGCAGAGCCAGGGAAUAGGAGAGUCUAGCGAACCUCACCACAGGCGCCAUAAUGUUACCAAGAGAGCCGCGCGAAACUCAAACUAAUGCUGAUACAUUUUGUGUGUGUGUGUUUGUGUGUGUGUCUGUGUGUGUGUGUGUGUGUGUGUGUGUGUGUGUGUGUGUGUGUGUUCUCUAGGUACUUCUUCGAGGUCCUGAUGAUACCUAGAGCACAAAAAAACACUAUUGCAUCAGCAUCAAUUUGAAUUUCGCUUGUCUUUUUAGGUAACAACAUGUUGCCUGUGACGCGGCUGGCCAAACUCUCCUGUUUCAUGGCCCUGGUGCUAAGGUAAAAUAUAAUAUAGUGAUAGACUGAAACUGCAAGAUGAACAGAAAUUUGGUGGACGUUAGAUUUGCCGCCUCUAUGUGAAGAGUUUUCAGGGUGGAGUAACAUGGAAACGGAGUUGCAUGCCAUGUAAGAGUGUGGAGGGAAAUAUUUCUCGCGAAACUGACAUGUCAAAAACUAGAUUAGCGCUCCUGGUCUCUCAAAAAAUAUAGUGUGAUUGUGCUCAGAACAUUAUGAUCACUUAGUUUUUCUUCAAGUCAAUGUUUUGUUGGACUUGGUAGUUUAGUGUGUUAGAGGGUCAAGUCGUGGAAGUAAAGAGCCGGGGAGAGCCAGUUCGAACCCCAGUGCCGCCGCGUGACAUCAGGAAGAGCAUCCAAUCGUCGUAUUAGUAUUUAUAAACUGUUACAUGGCUAGUUUUGGCUUUUUUAUUCCAUUUUUGAGACGGAGUUAGUUGGAAGUGGUGGAGUUUCACAGAUUAAAGGACACGCAAGAUUUUUCAAACGUCGCAUUAAUAUUCAUUAACAUUAACAGCUAAGCUGGCUUUUUAUUCCAUUUUUUUGGGGGGGACGGAGUUAAUUAGAAAUCUUGGAUUCUUACAGUUAUGUCAACAUAUUACAAACUCAUUCAUAAAAGAAAAUAUAUUAUAACUCAACAAAACCAACAAACCACGCCCUGAAAAACGGUCAAAAGGCAAAUCAGCCACAUCGUUGCUAAUAAAGACUAAUUAGACGUUUAAAAAAUCAGGCAUUUUACCCUAAGCCACAACCCCCCAAAAAUGUCAAGAAGAAAAAGAUCGUUUAGUGCUUUUUUUCUAGCUUUGUCACGCCACACUGUUCACACACGCAACGCUGAAACUAUGACUUGUAAACAUCUCGGACGGUUUAGUCUUUAGCUCUUCACAUUGCUUCGGGGCAACGCUUCAAAGUUCAUGUCUUCUAUUUACUUCAAAGAAAAUGAUCGGAUGUGACACGUUAUUGAAUUUCUUAACGGUUUUCUAUAUAAAUUUUCCAUGUGUCACAAUAGCUAUAAAGUCUUCUUUUCACACCAAGGAAAGUUAUCGAAUGUGGCUCGUUAUUGAAUUUUCAAGUAUACUAUUUAAUUUUCCUUGAAGCACGAAAAUUAUAUGUCAUAAUUUGUUUCAGGUUUCGUUAUGCAAUACGUCGUAAUUCAUGUAAUUCCUGCUUGACGGAAGUACGAAAAUAAUUUGAAAUUCACAAUUGGUGUAAGCACUUGUGUGUGUUAUUUUCUCCGAGACUUGAACGCUUCUACACCAUUGAUGUUUUUUAAGCUUAGCAUAACAUUUUCUUUCGGAUUCUUGAGUACUGAACAUUGUGUACCGAUACUUCUCUGCUCACUUAGCCAUUCCGUGUAAUAAGCCAAGUUUUUACUUCUAGGCAUAAUAGGCUAAGACAUCCCACAACAAACUCUUACUGCAUAAUAUUGUAGAUACUGACAUUCUAAAUAAUCAAUUGAAAAGUAACCACGCAAAAAAACAUUCCUUUUUAUCCCUAUUUUUGGCUCUUAUAUACAAACUUCUUUGUCUGUGCCCUUUCACACCAAUUGGAAAGUAUUUUUGGAGUAGUUCUAAAGUCUGUCACAAACGCCAUAUUGAUCUCUAGCCCUGUCUGUAGUGUUUUAGUAUCUGUCUGUAUCAGCUUCCGUCUCCACAUUUGAUGAAAGGAUUUUAGAGGGAAUUCAAGACAGUAUUUCAUCCACACCACAAACAUACACUUCUAUUUAUCCUUUUAAAGUUUUCUUUAUAUUUUGUUUUUCAUCUGUGUCCUUGCAUACCGUCUGGAUUUUUAUUUUUUUUUAUUUUAUUUACACACUUACCUGCAAAUCUUUUUAUCCCUUGUUGGUGUUUUUACUCACAUCUCUUUACCUUUGUAGUCGGAGUUUUUCUUUAGAAGGAGCCUGGCGGAGCCUUUCGUCUCCCUUGUCAGCAGUUGACGCCUAAUCGAUAGCAACUCAGGGUUUUCCUACGUUCUGUGUCGUCUUGGUGUCCAGCCCGUCAUUAAACAUACCUUUCACGAUGUUUGAGUUUCUUCUGGAUCUAUAACGCGCCGGGUUACUGCUCCUGCUUCUGUUACCACUAAUAAUAAUAAUAAUGUUACUACUAACACUAUUACUACAACAAGUACCACUGCAUAUACUACUACCUAUACUACUACAUACGCUACAACUACAUACACUAUUACUGAUAUACCUC